AUGUCCACUUACGCCAGCCCCACACAGGGGGCUACACAGGUGACCUCAGCGGGAGUAAUACUAGCGGAGUCAUGGAGAGAUGCCCAAGGAAGUGCGGGCCUCCUGCGGGGCGGUGACUUCCCGGCGCCCUGUCCUGCCCCCGCCGCGUGGGCGCCUCCACCGCAGGGACCACACACAGGCCGCGCCUGCGAGGGGACCUUGUUCUUGUUUCUGCGGCUUUCUGUCCCGGCCGACGGGGGAAGAUCCAGCUUCUUAAUUCGUCCCUUUUCCGCCGGGCGGGGACUGACCGACCCCACCUCCGAGGGCGGUCCCAGUCCACGCGCGGCUCCAAAAGCCGGGACCCGGGGCGCGGCGGCGAUGGCGGGGCCGGCGGUGGCCUGGCCUGGGGCCGCCGCGACUCCCGCCCGGAGCGUGCUGGGCACCUACGCGCCCCGCUGGGUCUUCCUGCCGGUGCCCAGCCGGCUCAGCUGCUCCAACGCCACGGAACGGGGCUCGGGGCUCGGGGCUCGGGGGGCUGGGGCGGGGGCGCGAGCCGAGGCCGGGACCCCGCUGAGCCCCGACUGUCGCGCCCCUCGCACCCGCCAGUGUCCCGGUGCUCGCCGGGCGCCCGCCUCUCCGGAGAAUCGGACACCCUGGCCCGGGCCACCCUCGUGUGCCCUGGCUCUGCAGACCAUCCUAUGUGCGUGGCUGAACUUUGUGGGUAGCGUGAUCCGCUCCCAGCCCUGCAUGAUCACCAGCAGCCAGGACCCAUUUGCUUUCCUCAUGGGUGGGCAAAGCCUCUGUGCCCUCGCCCAGACCCUGGUCAUCUCUCCAGCCAAGCUGCCCGCCUUGUGGUUUCCCGAGCGCCAGAGGGCCACAGCCAACACGAUUGGCACCGUGUCAAACCCCCUGGGCAUCCUGGUGGCCAACCUGCUGUCUCCCACCCUGGUGAAGAAGGAGGAGGACAUCCCCUUGAUGCUGGGCAUCUACAUCAUCCCUGCUGGCGCUGAGUGCGUCUGGGAGAGCACGCCCCCCGCCCCGCCCUCCGCGGGGGCUGUCCACUCCACCUCGCAGAAGUUCCUAGCCGGGCUGGAGCUGCUCGCAAGGAACGAGCCCUACAUCAUCCUGGCCGUGUGCUUUGGGGGCAGCAUUGGCAUCUUCUCCAGCUUCUCGUCCCUCCUGGAGCAGAUCCUCUGCGUGAACGGCUACUCCAGCAUGGGUGCCGGCCUCUGCGGGGCUCUCUUCAUUGCGUUUGGGGUCUUGGGGGCGCUGGCUCUUGGCCUGUACGUGGACCGGACCAAGCAUUUCGCUGGAGCUGUCAAGAUCGGCCUCUGCCUGACAUCUCUGGUCUGCGUGGCCUUUGCCCUGGUUUCCCAGCUGGGGGGACAGACCAUCGCGCUGGCCGCCAUCUGCUCGCUGCUUGGGCUCUGCUUCUCAGCGGCGCCUGUCGCCAUGGAGCUGGCUGUCGAGUGGUCCUUCCCUGUGGGCAAGGCUGCGGGCGCGGGCCUGGUCCUCGUGCUGGGGCAGGCCGAGGGUGUGCUCACCAUGGCGCUGCUGACCUCCCUGACCGUGCGCCGCGUGGAGCCGUCCUUCUCCACCUGCCGGGACGGCCAGGACCCGCUAGACUGGAAGGUGUCCACGCUGCUGAUGGCCGACCUGUGCGUCCUCUUCAGCUGCCUUGUGGUACUCUUCCUCCACACCCCAUACCGGCGCCUGCAGGCCGAGGCCGAUGCCAGCCCCUCCAUCCAGGAGGACGUGCACUCGGCAACCUCGGCAGCCACCCCCCGAGGCCCCGCCGCGGCCCCCCGUCCCCAGCAGCCCCUCCUGGGGCCGGUGCUCCUGGCUCUGCCUCCCUCCCCCUGGGAGUCCUCCGAGACGUCAUGGGGCCCCUGCAGAGGACCAGAGGCCAGGGAGCAGUUGCGGCCAGGCCAGACCCAGGAUGGCUGGGGCAGGGGCGGCGUGUGGGGAGGCUGGCCUGGCCUGGGGGCACGGGCUGAGGGGGCGCUGAGUGGGCUGGGGAUUCUGAGAGCCCCAGCGUGGCCGAGUCUGGAGUGGACAGGUGUGGGGAAGGCCUUCCUUGAAGGAGCCUAUCCCAGAGCCAUGCUCAACCUCUGCGGACCCCUGAACGAGCAGCCCCCCAGCCUGGCGCUAGCACAGGUGGGGAGAGCAGGUGGGGCCAGGCUGGGCCGGAAGCAGAGGGUGGGCCCCAGGCAGACGCUCCCACCCCCUUAA